AUAAUAAAAAAAAUAUUCUCAAACUAGGCCUAGUCUCGAAACGAAUUGAAAUAGCUGUCUUACGCAUGCGUGAGUUGGUCUCUCCCUCUUGACUUGAUCAAUCAGUCUGUCGAGUCGUGUCUGCGGUAAAGCUACCCUGAUCAAUCCAUCUUAUUAACUGGUUUACCUUGGGUAAAACUCACUGUUGAGAAAUAUGUACGCCUGCACCAGAUACAUCCCCUCGGCUACUCGCUGCAUGCUUACCAGCAGCAGGUCGGCUCUGAGACCUCUAGGUUCCACUGUGAUACCAAUGCAAGAGAACUCACAGUCUCAAUCUCUUGUGCCAUUGGCUAGCUGCACUAGCUUUUCUAUUUCACAAUCACAAAUGCUUUCAAUAAUUCAGAACCAGGUACGAUUUUUCCAGACCAGCUCUGUACGAAACGAUAUUGAUCAGGCAGCAAAAUACAUUGGUGCUGGAGCAGCUACAGUUGGGGCUGCAGGUUCAGGUGCUGGUAUUGGAAGUGUAUUUGGAAACUUAGUAAUUGGUUAUGCCAGAAAUCCAUCUCUGAAACAACAGCUGUUUUCAUAUGCCAUUUUGGGAUUUGCUCUGUCAGAAGCCAUGGGUCUCUUUUGUUUGAUGAUGGCUUUCCUUAUUCUUUUUGCAUUUUAACCUUCAGUUAAAUCUUUAAUUCAGAGCAUGAUUGCAGUUUGUAAGAAGUAUAUUGGAAAAAAAAAAAAAAAAAAACGAAACAAUAAAACUCACCAAAGUGAACCUCUUCGGCACUAGUGCCUUGGAGUGGAGUAAUUCACAGUGAAAAGAAUAAGUGAUGGCGCGACUUUCAUCUUGGCGGCAUAUUUCACUA